AUGACUAUAAAGUUUCUUAAGUAUUUAGACAUUUCUAAUGAACUGGAGAAGACACAGAAAGCAGUGCCCAAUCCCUUGGAGAAACACACCCGGCUGUGUCUGAAACACCAAAGUAUGCUUUUAACACCUGAUGAUUGGUUAGAGCUCGGCGAUUUCUACAAAAUUUUCCGCAUUCCGGGCACUGCAUAUCAAAAGAUCACACGCCAGCUAAGCCGCAUUUGUUUACACUCCUCAAUUUGUUUAUUAACAGCAGCACUCGCUUUAGUGGAAGCUGAUGUUCGUAUACACUUCUUGCUGUUAUUUUUGAAAAUUUGGGCUAAACAUAUGCAAAUUGUGAAAUACGGUAAUAUGAGCAGCUAUUGUCUGAUGAUAUUGGCGAUAUUCUAUUUGCAACAGCCUCUAGAGAAUUACAACAAUUUGGCAAUUUUAUUGCCAAUAAAGAAGUUGCAAGCAAAUUGCAACGAGCAUUUCGGGCAAAGUGUGAAUUAUGCUUUUGAUGUACAAAGUAAUGAAAACAAACCUUGCCUGGCCCCCUCCAUAACUACUGAACUAACUGAAUUAAUGAAAGGUUUUUUUGGUUUUUAUAAAAGUUGUGACUUAUCUUCUGUACUGUCAUCUUAUUUGGGCAGCGCAAUUCCCCGUAACGAUUACGCCAAUGACAGCAUUAACUUCUUCGAAUAUCACAACCAGUUGCUUACUAUGAGUCAAUAUUUUGAUAAAGAUCCUGAAUGGCUUCGAAUUGAUACCUGUCUAUGCGUUCACGAUCCAUUCUGUCUUCAUCAGAAUGAGGCAAACUCUUUAAACGGGACUAAGACAGAAUAUUUUGAAUAUUGCCUGGCUAAUGUUUUUAGUAUUUUUAGUAUUUGUCAGAACAACGAUAACAUGGUAGAAUUGUAUGAGAAACUCAUCUUCGAUUUACACGAUCCGUUCGAAAUCUUACCAAUGAAAGUAAACGAAACAAAGCAUGUUGAGCCAACGGAAAACUUGAAUGGCACAUCGGAAAAACCACCAUUGUAUCGUCUGGAACUAGACGAAAAUUCAACGCAGCAAGAAGAAAACCGAUCACUUUCGAAGGACACUAGCAAAUGCGAAGACAUAAAAUCAUGGUUUAUUUCGGGUUCGACUGACUUAUGGACUAGCCGUUAUCAUCAGGAAACACACGAUCGAACAUUCAUGGAAUAUCGUAUGGAUCAAACCGAACGUUUAUACAAACCCAAUGCUCAAAAUCCAUUAUAUUCUCUGCACUAA